CUACAUUUUGUACCAAGUACCGCAAAGCAUUAGCGCCUCUUCUGGGAUCCUCUCACAAUGAAGCUUCUGGGUCUGAUUCCUCUUUGUCUCACACUGAUCCUGGCCUCUCCUGGUCAGCUGUGGAAGAUUAAUGUCCCUCGCCACAUUAAUGCAACAUUGGGCUCCAACGUGACCAUAUUAUGCAACUUUUCCUAUCCAGAAAUGUACCACACUGAUAAGCUUCAAGUUUACUGGAAAAGGCGUGUGAAAAGUAGCUUCAACACUUAUGACAAUGACCAAUAUCAAUAUGUUUUUCACACUAAUGACACAUAUGUGUUCGAGUGGUACAGAGGAAAGACCAUGCUCAUCGGAAAUAAAGCGGAGGGUAACUGCUCCCUCAGGAUCCUAAACAUCACGCAUAGCGAUAUGGGACUCUAUGUGAGACUUAUUGAAAAGGAACAAAAGUUCAGUUUCUAUGACAAGUCUGUCUGCAUUGAUGUGUCUGGUACAUCUGAUAUUGUGAAUAUCACGAGUGGGCCAAUUCUCAACCCUACAGACGCAAGCGUGGAGAGGACCCAGGACACUCAAAUAUAUGUGUCCAUCUGUGUUCCACUUUCUGCACUUCUGAUCAUUUUUCUUAUCAUUGGAAUUUCCUGUGGCAUUAAGCACAAAAGGAAACAGUCUUUCAGAAACGAGGAAUCUGGAUAUUAUGCAAACUUUAGCAGCGCAUCAUCAAAUCAGACCCAAAGAAUCCAAGCAAGUGCAUGUGGCAAAAAUCAUGAAAAUAAGAAACUUCCUGAGCUGAAGGUUAUUGACGAACCUGUCUACAUCAACACUGAGGCCAUUACAGAUCAGAUGGGUCAAAGUAUGGAUCGCAUGGACAAUGUAUAUGCAAAUGUGGAUUUUUCAAAAUAGUACAAAAGCUGCAUCUCACAAAUACAUUUGGACUUAAACUUUGUCUUAAAUGCAAUAUUUGAAUUUUGGAUUGUUUUGUUGACAUAUCCAUGUCCAUGUGACAACAUGUGGCAUGGUGAGUAGGACGGAUGACCACGUCACGUCUGUUUGUCCAGGGGCUGUUGCAAGCUAUUUAUUUAUAUUAAUUCAUAUAAAGUGGUUUGGAAUUCAUUCAUUACACUGAGUAAACAUUGGAACUAUUAAUAAUGUAGAGCUUAUUAUUGCUUUCACUUCAGUUUUGCAAGCUGUUUGUUACAUUGCAUGACUGUUCGUUUUUUUUUAUGUGAGAUUUAUUCAUAAAAUCUUCUAUACUAAAGUACUGCAGAGAGUGGGUUUGUGUAGUACUGAAUAGCUGUGUAGCUUCACUUGACAUUUUGUGUUCUGCAAAUUACUAAGGUGUGUCUUUUCUAGUCUUUCUCAAGAUGUUUUUUCUACUUAACUUCCUGUGUCAUCUGUGCUGGGACUGAAACUUCUGUUUUUUCUUUUAAUUCAGUCAUCGAUCCAGAGAUCAAAUUAUUACUUGUACUAUGAUGUUUCAUUUAAGGACAUUAUCAAAAAUAAAGGGUUAAAAGUGGUUGUCUUGUGUUGCUGCCUGUCCUGUGAUCUAAGGAGUCCAGUACUCUUCCACUGCACUGCAACUGGUGUAUCAAACUGAACUAAACGAAUGUUGCUACUCUGUAAAUAAAGCCUGAAUGCCUGUGGUAAAUAAAGCGUAAGUGUGAACCCUG